AUGGACGACAAUGGCGAGGAUUGCGUGUACUUCGGGCGCGCGUUGGAGCGCGAGGAGGGCGCGGGGGGCCGCAAGCUGCACCUGGCGGUGGCGGAGGGGCGCGCGAAGCAGGCGGUGCCGCCGUGGCAGCAGGAGGCGCGCGACGAUGAGGGCAGGCGGCGGUUUCACGGCGCGUUCACGGGGGGCUUUUCCGCGGGGUACUUCAACAGCGUGGGGUCCAAGGAAGGGUGGCAGCCAGCAUCGUUCCGCUCGUCGCGCUCGCAGCGCGCGGAGGUGCAGCCGCAGCGCGUGGAGGCGCUCAUGGACGCCGACGAGCGCCACGACGCGCAGCGCGGCGCCGUGGCGGCCCAAAGCGCGUUCGACACGUUCGGCUUCACCGCUGCUGAGCGCGCCCGCCAGCUCGCCCCCGCCGCGGACCGGCGCCCCUCCGUGAUCCCCGGAGGGGCCGUGGCAGAGCUGCUGGCGCCCGCUGCUGACUCCAUCG